CCCCCCUUUUGUAAUAUAAAAAAUACAUGUAUUUCUAUAUUUAUAAGCACAUAAACACUUUAAAUAAACUAUAAACACUAAAAUUUAUUUGUGUCUACCCAAGAAUAUAGGCCUAUUUAGGCAUUCUGGUCUAGUGUGUGUGUGUUAUUUUUGUGACGACAUUUUUGUCUUUUUCUCUUUAAAAAUAAUCAUAAUUCGUUGGGACUUUGAGUGGAAUUAUAACGGUAUGGAAAUACUUUUCCUCAACAAAAGUUCAGUUAAUCGCUAGCACUCGUUUUUACUACGCUGCUUCUUUUUUUUUUUUUUUUUUUUACGAGGAUUCAUCUGCGCAUGCGCGUUAAUCCCGACACCGGAAGUUGAACUCCUGAGUCUCCUGGAAGAGAAAAUGUCUGGUGUGGUGUUCGUCUACAGCUUUAAAACCUGACUUUAUCAUGAUUAGACACGUUUUCCUGACAGGUUCUCCAGGAGUGGGUAAAACCACACUAGUCCAGAAAUUGCAGGAGGCGAUAAGCUCAACAGGUGUGUGCAUCCAUGGCUUCUGCACGGAGGAGGUCAGAGAAAGUGGGAGAAGGGUGGGAUUUGAUGUAGUCACCGUAAACGGCCAGAGAGGAAUCCUGGCCAGAGUCGGUACUACAGCUCCAUCUGGCAGACGUGAGUAUACUGUCGGCCAGUAUGUUGUCGAUCUGCCCUCGUUCGAGAGUCUUGCGCUGCCGCUUUUCCGAAACGCGAGCGACGGAAGCAGGAAGGUGUUCGUUAUAGAUGAGAUUGGGAAGAUGGAGCUCUUCAGUCAGGCGUUUAUCCGAGCGGUGAGACAGGCUCUGGACAGCAUGGACUGCACCAUCUUGGGAACAAUCCCUCUUCCUAAAGGAAGACCCCUGGGCUUAGUGGAAGAGAUCAGAGCAAGGAAGGAUGUCAAGGUCUUUAUGGUUACAAAAGAGAACAGAAAUGUCAUUUUGGAUGAAAUUGUUGCUGCACUAAAGGAAUGUCUAAAAUAAAGAUCUCUGAGAAGACAAGAGGAACAGUGGCAGAAAACCGGAGCCGAACCUGCAAGACAAACCAGAUGCAAAAGUUUUGGUUCUCUGGGACAGUUUCAGUAUCAGUGCUGAGAGGAUUCUUUCUCUGUUUUUGUUUUUAAGAUCUUUAAUGUUUCUGUAACUAGACCCUUUGUGUUGGGGGACAUCUUUCAUGCUAAUGAACGCUUUGGAAAAGCCUGAACGUUUCAGUGUGACGUUUAAACUCCAGCUUUUCGUUCAGGAAUCACACUGAAUAUAAUCCGAGCUGGUGAUAGAGACAGCUAUGAAAGAGAGCCGCUGUACUGCUUUUCAUGAAACUUUUCUAGAAGUUCUUGCUGUAAUGAGUUGCUUUAUUCUGCAGACGUCUUCAGAAGAUGAAGAUAACUGAUGUGAAUGUGUUUUUUUUUUCUUUCUUCUUUUUAGAGAGGAGAGUUUAAUUUUUAUGUACGGUUGCAAUCUGGUUAACAAAUAAAACUGCCUGUACUUGGCAAUAAUAAUACUUUAAUCUCUCUUUAAGCCAAUAAUGUUAAAUAAUUAUCCAUUUUAAAUUCCAUCCAUCAGGUUUUACAGUUGUAGCUCUCUGCUUGUUCACUGAAUGUUCAGUGAUGUUGGGGGAAACGAUCUAAGCAAACAGCUUGAUUUAUUUAUUUUUUUAGUAACAGGGAAUAAACUGUCCUUUAAAACACUG